ACAUAAAGGUGAUUAGUUGUGUCUGUUUACAAUUUUUAUAUCAAUUCACAAAUAAAUCAAAUGGGUAAUUAUUUACUUUCCGUAGUCAAGCUUUGGACAGCGUCGCGAGCGGACGAUUGAUAUUAGUAUUGGAAUAACGCGUAUCACUGUGCUCGCGAUAGUUACGAAAAUGGAGUUAAAUUUUAUAACAACCCUUAUAAAACACGAUGUGAACCACAAUGUGAAACAGUGUUUUAAAACAAAAAAGCCUUUCGUCAGUAGAAAAGAAGAAGUGAUGGCAAUCAAAAGUAAAUUUCCAACUAAAAUACCGCUCAUUGUAGAAAGAUAUCACAAAGAGAGAAAUCUACCAACGUUGGACAAAACAAAGUUUCUUGUCCCGGAAGACAUUACAAUGUCGCAAUUCCUAGUGAUUAUACGUAACAGAAUUAGAAUAAAACCAAAUCAAGCUCUCUACCUGAUAAUCAACAACAGAUCUAUGCUGAGCAUGAGUUUAACCAUGGCACAGGCGUACGAGCUGUAUGGCGACGAGGAUGGUUUCCUUUACGUUACCUACGCAUCUCAGGAAGUUUUCGGUUACCAAGAUGAUAUGACUGGAUCUAACAAGGAAGUUCAAGUAAUUAGGGACAGAUUUCCAAAUAAAAUUCCGUUAUUUGUGGAGAGAUACGCCAGAGAAAGAGAGGUUCCUGUACUAGGCAGGAACAAGUUCUUGGUGCCGCAAGAACUCACUAUGUCCCAGUUCCUGUACAUUAUUCGCACUAAGAUGAAAUUAAGAGACUCCCAGGCGUUGUAUCUACUAGUUAACGACAAAGUCCUCGUAAGCCACAGCAUGACUAUGGCUCAAGCGUAUGACCAGUUCCGAAGCGCAGACGGAUUUUUGCACAUAACUUACGCCGCGCAGCAAGUCUUCGGUUGAAAGUAUUGGUCACACCACACUUCCUGGUCUUGCGAA